GCUUAGUUUCAGAGAUGACGUCUGCAGCCCGGUGCACCGGCAGAGCCGAGCUGAAUUUCCUGCGCUCUCCCGGUGCGUGUCCUCGUCCUUUGCUGCCCGGCUCCACGCCGAAGGGAGAGGGCGUGUUCCAUGGCGACCAAGAGCGCUCGGGAGCGGGCUCCUCACGCGGAUGCCGGGUCCCGCUGCCCUGCCGCCGCCGGCGUCCCAGCCCCGCCGCGGUGUGAGCUCGAGAGGAUGGCUCCCCCUGCUUCCCGAGCCGCGCGGAGAGAUUCGGAGCCUAAGUAAUUGGCUACCUGCGACACCCAUGUGUCACUGACCAGGAGGCAUUUCCUGUGGGAGCACUUCAUGACCCUGCGACGUCCAGCCUAGUGAAGCCACUGUAGUGUCCAGCAUGGCCACGCUGCUCCUGGGCGCAGUGCUGCUGGUGGCACAGCUCCAGCUAGCGCCUUCGCGCCCCGGGGCCGAGCCAGGCCAGCAGGAGCUGGUGCGGAAAGCGGCCGCCCUCCAGGACGAGGCCCUGGAUGGCGUGGCCCCCAACGGCUCAGCCCAGCAGCUGCCGCAGACGAUCAUCAUCGGCGUGCGCAAGGGAGGCACCCGCGCGCUGCUGGAGAUGCUCAGCCUGCACCCCGACGUGGCGGCCGCGGAGAACGAGGUGCACUUCUUCGACUGGGAGGAACACUACAGCCAAGGCCUGGGCUGGUACCUCAGCCAGAUGCCCCUCUCCGCCCCGCACCAGCUCACGGUGGAAAAGACCCCCGCAUACUUCACAUCGCCCAAAGUGCCUGAGCGGGUCCACAGCAUGAACCCGGCCAUCCGGCUGCUGCUCAUCCUGAGGGACCCGUCGGAGCGCGUGCUGUCGGACUACACGCAAGUGCUGUACAACCACGUGCAGAAGCGCAAGCCCUACCCGUCCAUCGAGGAGUUCCUGGUGCGGGACGGCCGGCUCAACGUGGACUACAAGGCGCUCAACCGCAGCCUCUACCACGUGCACAUGCGCAGCUGGCUGCGCUUCUUCCCGCUGCGCCACGUCCACAUCGUGGACGGCGACCGCCUCAUCAGGGACCCUUUCCCCGAGAUCCAGCAGGUCGAGAGGUUUCUGAAGCUGUCGCCGCAGAUCAACGCCUCGAACUUCUACUUCAACAAAACCAAGGGCUUUUACUGCCUGCGGGACAGCGGCCGGGACCGCUGCUUACACGAGUCCAAAGGCCGGGCGCACCCUCAAGUGGACCCCAAACUCCUCAAUAAAUUGCACGAAUAUUUUCACGAGCCAAAUAAGAAGUUCUUUGAGCUUGUGGGCAGAACAUUUGACUGGCACUGACUUGUCGUAAGCUAGGCUCAGAGCCUUUCCUACUGUAAGUUCCGGGGUACAUCUAGGGGGGGAAAUAAUUUUAAAAGGGCAUUUAAGCUAUAAUUUAUUUGUAAAAUCCAUAAAUUACUUCUGUACAGUAUUAGAUUCACAAUUGCCAUAUAUACUAGUUAUAUUUUUCUACUUGUUAAAUUGAGGGCAUUUUGUAUUGUUUUUCAUGGUUGUUAACAUUGUGUAAUAUGUCUCUAUAUGAAGGAACUAAAAGAUUUCACUGCAAAAAAAAAAAGAAAAGAAAAAAAAAAGAAACAAAUUCUGGAGACACUGUCUUUUUUUGAAUAUAAAUACUUUGCCCCGACUCAAAUUAGCUGUCUAUGUUGAACUCAUUGGAGAAUCCAUUUUCCUUUGUUACUAAAAAAAAAAAAAAAAAAA